ACUAUAUCUUGACUCUGAAGUAUUUUGAGUUCAGCAUCCUGUCUGUCAUCGCUAUGAGCAGUAUUGCCCUCGCUGCAGAGGACCCUGUCAAGCCGGACUCACCCCGAAACAAUGUGCUGCGUUAUUUUGACUACGUUUUCACAGGUGUCUUCACAUUUGAAAUGUUGAUCAAGAUGGUGGUGCUGGGCUUGUUUCUCCACCAGGGAUCUUACUUCCGUGACUUGUGGAACAUUCUGGACUUUAUAGUGGUUAGUGGUGCUCUGGUGGCCUUCGCCUUCACGGGGAGCAGCAAAGGGAAAGACAUCAGUACGAUCAAAUCUCUCCGUGUGUUGAGGGUCCUGCGUCCACUUAAGACCAUCAAACGUCUCCCCAAGUUAAAGGCAGUGUUUGACUGUGUGGUGAACUCUCUGAAGAACGUGUUGAACAUCUUGAUAGUCUACAUGCUCUUCAUGUUCAUCUUCGCUGUUGUGGCUGUGCAGCUCUUUAAAGGCCGCUUUUUCUACUGCACAGACGAAUCCAAAGAAUUUGAACGUGAUUGCAGAGGCGAGUUUUUAGUAUAUGAAAAAGAUGAGGUGAAAGCUGAGAAGCGGGAAUGGAAGAAGUACGAUUUUCACUACGACAACGUAGCUUGGGCCUUGCUCACCCUCUUCACGGUUUCCACUGGAGAGGGGUGGCCACAGGUGUUAAAGCACUCAGUGGACUCCACUUUUGAGGAUCAGGGCCCAAGCCCAGGUUACCGGAUGGAAAUGUCCAUCUUUUACGUGGUGUACUUCGUUGUCUUCCCUUUCUUCUUUGUAAACAUCUUUGUGGCUCUCAUCAUCAUCACCUUCCAGGAACAGGGGGAUAAGAUGAUGGAGGACUACAGCUUAGAAAAGAAUGAAAGAGCCUGCAUAGAUUUUGCCAUUAAUGCCAAGCCUCUGACUCGCCACAUGCCAAAGAACAAGCUUAGCUUCCAGUAUCGCAUGUGGCAUUUUGUCGUAUCUCCUCCCUUUGAGUACAGCAUCAUGGCUCUGAUUGCGCUUAACACUAUUGUCCUCAUGAUGAAGUUUCAAGGUGCAUCAACAGCGUAUGAUAAUGUCCUGAAAUACCUAAACAUUGUGUUCACCACUUUCUUCUUUAUGGAAUCAAUCCUGAAAAUCAUAGCUUUUGGCCCUCUGAAUUACUUCAGAGAUGCCUGGAAUGUUUUUGAUUUUGUCUCUGUCAUUGGAAGCAUUACUGACAUAUUAGUGACAGAAUUUUGGAAUAAUUUUAUCAACUUAAGCUUCCUGAGGCUGUUCAGAGCAGCUCGCCUCAUAAAGCUCCUGAGACAGGGAGAGACUAUCCGCAUCCUUCUAUGGACAUUUGUCCAGUCCUUCAAGGCUUUGCCAUAUGUGUGUCUGCUCAUUGCCAUGCUCUUCUUCAUCUACGCCAUCAUUGGCAUGCAGCUGUUUGGAAACAUAGACAUUAAUGACGAUAGUGAAAGUGCCAUCAAUGAGCAUAAUAACUUCAGAACCUUCAUUAUGGCCCUAAUGCUGCUGUUCAGGAGUGCUACGGGUGAAGCAUGGCAUGAUAUUAUGUUGUCCUGCCUUGGUGAGAAGAAAUGCGACCCGGACUCAGGAAACACAGGGAAGGAAUGUGGCAGCACCUUCGCCUACACCUACUUUGUCUCCUUUAUUUUCCUCUGCUCUUUCCUGAUGCUCAAUCUUUUUGUGGCUGUCAUCAUGGACAAUUUUGAGUACCUGACCAGAGACUCCUCUAUCCUGGGGCCGCAUCAUUUGGACGAGUACGUAAGGAUAUGGGCUGAGUACGACCCUGCUGCCUGCGGCCGGAUCAGUUACACAGACAUGUAUCAGAUGCUAAGACACAUGUGUCCGCCGCUAGGCCUCGGGAAGAGGUGUCCUGCCCGGGUCGCCUAUAAGAGGCUGCUUCGCAUGGAUCUGCCGGUUGCAGACGACAACACGGUGCAUUUUAACUCCACCCUCAUGGCUCUGAUCAGGACAGCACUGGACAUAAAGAUCGCCAAGGGUAGGGCCUAAAACAC